AUGGCUUUUACUUUUGGCACUGCAAGUUAUUUUCUGAACAAAUCAAGUAAUAUAGAAAUUGAUUUUAAUUGUUAUUGUGGUAUGUUAACAUCAAUAACUAGAAAAGCAUGAAUUAUAGAGUAUGGUAACAGAAUGUACAAAAUUUUUUGUCCGUAAAGCUAACAUCUAACCUUAAAUAGCCUUUUAGGAAUUGUAUAAAUAUUUUAUAAUAUCAAAAUGAGUGUUUAAUGUUACAUUAAAGGAGAAACAGUGUUACUAAGACCUUAUCAAUAAAUUUGUAAUUCAAAAAUGAAUCGAUUAGUGUUUGUGAUAAACUUCAAUAAAGUACGCUUCCAAAACCUAAAACAAUUAGAUUUUUGAAAGUUUCGAAGACAAGUCAGGAUUUGAUUAUUUCUAACUAACUAAAUUAUUAUGUUCAGACUUUCCGAGAGAUAUAGUUGUUAGUUCACUCUCCUUAUAUGCAAAUCUUGAUGAAGUAAUUUAUUGUUUUAUUAUGAAGGAAUUGCUUUUCAAGAAAACAUUCACUUUACUCUAAUUUUGUAAAGCUCUUUUGUUUGAAUUAUUAUUUGAAAACAUUCUUCAAGAAUUAAAUACAAAAUUGAAUAAUAAUGGAAUUAUUGAUAGUAUUUUACCAAUUUUGAAAAAAUACUAUCCUAAUAAUGAUGAAUAAUUAUAUUUGCCGAAUCCAGCUGCAAUUUUUGAAUGUUUAAUGAAAUUUAGCAAUGAGAAAAAUAAAGCAUGCUUACAUCCAAUAUUGCCAUUUACAGUGGACAUGUUUUCAAGUAUUCAUUUGUUUAAAAUUUUAGCCCAGUAUUUAAAUGGAGGGAUCGUUGAAUUUAGUAGCCUAAAAUAACAACUAUUUAAGAAUACAAAAGUUGAUGUUCAACUUACAAAAUUGAUUAAUUUAAUUGAAAACUCCAAUUAAAGAAUAUAGGAUUGCUCAAGAUUAGAUGAGGAUGAAAACAAGAAGAAAAAACAAAAAUGAG